CAAUGACUUCUAAAAGGACAUCAAUAACUAAAACAACGACUACAGGAAAAUCAACAAGUACACAAACUAAAGCAACUAUUCCGACAACCACUACAGUAACAACAACCAUGAAGCCAACAACAACAACUACCACAGAAACAACAACCAUGAAACCAACAACAACAAAUACCACAGCAACAGAAACCAUGAAACCAACAACUACCACAGCAACAACUACCAAGAAACCAACAACAACAACAACUACCAUAGCAACAACAACCAUGAAACCAACAACAACAAAAACUACAACAGCAACAAAAACCAUGAAACCAACAACAACAACUACCGUAGCAACAAAAACCAUGAAACCAACAACAACAAGUACAACAGCAACAACAACCAUGAAACCAACAACAACGACGACCACAGCAACAACAACUAUGAAACCAACAACAACAAGUACAACAGCAACAACAACUAUGAAGCCAACAACAACAACAAGUACCACAGCAACAACAAUCAUAAAGCCAACAACAACUACCACAGCAACAACAACUAUGAAACCAACAACAACGACCACAGCAACAACAACUAUGAAACCAACAACAACGACGACCACAGCAACAACAACUAUGAAACCAACAACAACAAGUACAACAGCAACAACAACUAUGAAGCCAACAACAACAACAAGUACUACAGCAACAACAAUCAUAAAGCCAACAACAACUGCCACAGCAACAACAACCAUGAAACCAACAACAACAACUACCACAACACAGAAAACAACACCUACAACAACCAUUACUACUUCGCCAACAACAACAACUACUUUACCAACAAGAAUUAAACAAACAACAACCAUAUUUUCAAAAACUUCAUCGAAAACAACCAUAUCAACAACCUCCAAUAGGAUAACAAAAAAUACCUCUCCAACAACAAUUAGUAACCCAUUAAUGCUUUCUUCACAACACAAAACACUAAUAUCAAGUACAACUACGACAUCAUCAAUUAGCAAACAAGCAAACCGACCUUUGAGUCAUGGCAAUAUCAAUAUAAUUAUGUUUUUCCUCUCUUUGAAUUAA